CUCUGAGAUACAUACGUGUUCAUACUACCCUAUAGGUAGUGAGUAUAUAAACGUUGGAUAACAAUAGCAGGAGCUUUUAAAUUGGCAUAUGUGCAUAUGUACAUACGUGGGAGCGAUCAUGGAAUCGUGCAACUCAGUAUUUUAGUACUUGUUCGUUUCUUCCAAAUGCCAGACGGUUUUUAUUCUGAGUAUUACAAAUUAUACAUUCUAAGUUUGUUUAUAUUUAUUGGUGUAUGAUGAUUAUUCAGUCGUAGUUCUUGGAUUGGAUUCAAUUGUUAAUUGGUCAUACCCGCUCGUUCAAAGACUAUGCACAAAUAUAAAGGACUUGUCUUGAUAGUGCUGCUUAUCAACAGUAUUAAGGCUGACAUUCCAGGAUGCGAUUAUUUUGAUACAGUAAAAUUGUUGCCAACUCAAAAGCUGGCAAAUGGAUCGUAUAAAUAUGAGAACAUCAUUAUUCCCCCAGAACAAACUGGGGAAUAUGAUUACGAGAUUCUUCAGGAAGGAGACAGAGAGGAAGUAGAAAAACAUCUGCGUGGAUGUGCCUGCCAUUUGGGCACCUGCAUAAGAUUCUGUUGCCAGAAGAAUGCUCUGCUCGUGGAAGAUGAACGUAAGUGCAGCGAAGAUAUUACAGAAGAGUUGCAAUACGAUCCCAUGGUGAACAUAACGCUAAACAAUGGCACAGUGGUCAGAAGACAUGUACUUAAUGAGUUCAUAGUUCAGCAUGAUUUGCCAGUUCCCUGCAGUGCUCACUUUCAUCUGGAUGCCUUGAAUGAAGCCAACGAAGGUUGGACAUUGUUUGAGAAUGGAACUCUAUUGAGACACUAUGGUUUGGUUAGUCUGAGCAAACAGGAUUAUUGUCUGCAACCUCAUCCAAUUUGGAAUCCUCUCACAAAUGAAACGAUUUUAAGCCUGGUCCCGCACAAUUGCUACGACAAGCAGCCAAGUCAACUGAUUUAUAAUCUACUUCGGUUUCUUUCGAUCAUCUUUUUGGUAAUAACUAUUAUCGUUUAUCUUUACUUUGAUAAACUUCGAAAUCUGCAGGGAUUGUGUUUCGUAAAUUAUAUGAUUUGCAUCAGUGUGGCAUUCGCUGGGUUGCUGCUCGAUAAGCAUGUCUCGUCACUUUCAUUAAUAAUCUGUCAGUUGAAUGGCUAUUUGGGAUACUUCGCUGUUAUGGCGGGAUUCAACUGGUUAACAAUCAUCAGCUAUGAUUUAUGGGCCAGCUCCAAGGUCAACAAUUACAAUGUUCAACGCAACGAUUUGAGGUUGAAGUUUUGCAAAUACAAUAAGUAUGCCUGGGGAGUUGCAGCGCUUCUAACCCUAAUCAUAAUGAUACUGGAUGGCGUUUUAAGUACAGAAGACAACAGAUAUUUGGCUGUUCUACCAGGAGUUGCACUCUACAAUUGUUGGGUUAAAGUUGAUGACUGGUCUGCGAUGAUAUACUACUUUGGAAUCAUUACCCUUCAGCUCAUUUUUAACCUAAUCAUGUUUACACUGACGGCCAUUCGUCUUGUGCAAUUGAAGAAGGAAUUGAGAUGCCAAACGUUACCCGAGGAUCGCGUUAAACACGUCUAUUUAAAUAAACAAACGUUUGGCAUGUUCGCACGUCUGUUCGUCCUCAUGGGAAUUGUGUGGUUCUUUGAAAUCUUCUCAUAUUUAUCGACCGAUCAUCCAUCGAAUGCAUUCUUCUCGCUCUUUGACUACGUUAAUUGCGCCCAGGGAAUCAUAAUCUUUAUUCUCUUUGUCCUCAAGCGCAGUGUGUUGAAUCUUAUCUGGAAUCGGUGUCGUGGCAUUCAAUCAACAAAUGAUGAGGAUGCUUCCGAAGAAGGAAUCGCGUUGCAAGAUAGAAAUGGCGAUUCCAAGAAAAUUGGUCCGAAUAUAUUGACAUAAAUUAUGCAAGAGGAAUUGUCAAUCUCUUGAAGUUCUUUCCCGAAAUUAAAAUGCAUUUAAUAAACUGACAUUUUAAAUUUGAAGCAGUGAUCGAACCAGCAGCUAAUCAUGUUAAUCAUACUAAUAUUUUAAUUAUAGCACAGUGCAUGUUAAUACUUUUCAGGGAAAUUAAAAACAUUCUCAAUUGCUAAUCUCGGAGCUAUUUAAUGUUGUAAUAAGUAAUUAAUAUAAUUAAUACUUUUUUAUGUUGUAUCAAAGCAAGCAUUAAAAUGCAUUAAAAGAAAUCCAUUAACAAUUUGUGUUUGUCUAGAAAACUGUGAAAAUAAAAUUAAAUGAAAUGCUAUUAUUCUGUUUUACAAUUAACACAAUCUUAAGAUUACAAGACCAGCAAAAUGUUCAUAGACUAUUUGUAUCCAUUUAGAAUCAAAUCACAUGCUUUAUAUAAUAUAUUGUAUAUGCCAUUAUCAGAUCCACCUAAUUUAUAUAUUUACUUCUGUUUAAGCACAGCUUUUGUAACAGUCGAUAUCUUCCCGCCGAUAUUAUAAUUUUUUAAAUAUGUAAA